AUGACAGCAAAAAAUUCUUCAAAGGAACUUACUGCUUCUGAAUCUGAGGUUUGCAUAAAGACUUUCAAGGAGCAAAUGCACUUAGAACUUGAGCUUCCGAGACUACCGGGAAACAGACCCACAUCUCCUAAAAUUUCUCCACGCAGCUCACCGAGGAACUCCCCGUGCUUUUUCAGAAAGUUGCUGGUGAAUAAAAGCAUUCGGCAACGUCGUCGCUUCACUGUGGCACAUACGUGCUUUGACGUGGAAAAUGGCCCUUCUGCAGGUCGGAGCCCGCUUGACCCCCAGGCUGGCUCUUCCUCUGGGCUGGUGCUUCACGCCACCUUUCCCGGGCACAGCCAGCGCAGAGAGUCCUUUCUCUACAGAUCAGACAGCGACUAUGACUUGUCACCAAAGGCAAUGUCGAGAAACUCUUCACUUCCAAGCGAGCAACACGGCGAUGACUUGAUUGUAACUCCUUUUGCUCAGGUCCUUGCCAGCUUGCGAAGUGUUAGAAACAACUUCACUCUACUGACAAAUCUUCAUGGAACAUCCAACAAGAGGUCCCCAGCGGCUAGUCAGACUCCUGUCUCCAGAGCCAGCCUGCAAGAAGAAUCUUAUCAAAAGUUAGCAAUGGAAACGCUGGAGGAGCUAGACUGGUGCCUAGACCAGCUAGAGACCAUACAGACCUACCGCUCUGUCAGCGAGAUGGCUUCUAACAAGUUCAAAAGAAUGCUGAACCGGGAGCUGACACACCUCUCAGAGAUGAGCCGAUCAGGGAACCAGGUGUCUGAAUACAUUUCAAACACUUUCUUAGAUAAGCAGAAUGACGUGGAGAUCCCAUCUCCUACCCAGAAAGAUCGCGAGAAAAAGAAAAAGCAGCAGCUCAUGACACAGAUAAGCGGAGUAAAGAAACUCAUGCAUAGUUCAAGCUUAAACAAUACAAGCAUCUCACGCUUUGGAGUCAACACAGAAAAUGAAGAUCACCUGGCCAAGGAACUGGAAGACCUGAAUAAAUGGGGCCUGAACAUCUUCAAUGUGGCUGGAUAUUCACACAAUAGGCCCCUAACAUGCAUCAUGUAUGCUAUAUUCCAAGAAAGGGACCUCUUAAAGACAUUCAAAAUCUCAUCUGACACAUUUGUGACCUACAUGAUGACUUUGGAAGACCACUACCACUCUGAUGUGGCAUACCAUAAUAGUCUCCAUGCUGCUGAUGUGGCCCAGUCAACCCAUGUUCUUCUUUCUACACCAGCAUUAGAUGCUGUGUUCACAGAUUUGGAGAUUCUGGCUGCCAUUUUUGCAGCCGCCAUCCAUGACGUUGAUCAUCCUGGAGUCUCCAACCAGUUCCUCAUCAACACAAAUUCAGAGCUUGCUUUGAUGUACAAUGAUGAAUCUGUGUUGGAAAACCAUCAUCUUGCCGUGGGUUUCAAACUACUGCAAGAAGAACAUUGUGACAUCUUCCAGAAUCUCACCAAGAAACAGCGUCAGACACUCAGGAAAAUGGUUAUCGACAUGGUAUUAGCAACUGAUAUGUCCAAACAUAUGAGCCUGCUGGCAGACCUAAAGACAAUGGUGGAAACCAAGAAAGUUACAAGUUCAGGUGUUCUUCUCUUGGACAACUAUACUGAUCGUAUACAGGUCCUUCGCAACAUGGUACACUGUGCAGACCUGAGCAACCCCACCAAGUCCUUGGAGCUGUAUCGGCAAUGGACCGACCGCAUCAUGGAGGAAUUUUUCCAGCAGGGAGACAAAGAGCGGGAGAGGGGAAUGGAGAUCAGCCCGAUGUGUGAUAAGCACACAGCUUCUGUGGAAAAGUCUCAGGUUGGGUUCAUUGACUACAUUGUCCAUCCAUUGUGGGAGACCUGGGCAGAUCUGGUGCAGCCUGAUGCGCAGGACAUUCUGGAUACGUUAGAAGAUAACAGGAACUGGUAUCAGAGCAUGAUACCCCAGAGUCCCUCCCCGCCGCUGGACGAGGGGAACAGAGACUGUCAGGGUCUCAUGGAGAAGUUUCAGUUUGAACUGACGCUCGAAGAGGAGGAUUCUGAAGGACCUGAAAAGGAGGCCGAGGGCCACAGCUACUUCAGCAGCACAAAGACACUUUGUGUGAUCGAUCCAGAAAAUAGGGAUUUGCUGGGAGAGACUGACGUGAGCAUUGCGACAGAAGACAAGUCCCCAGUUGACACAUAAUCUCCCUCUCCCCGUGGAGAUGGACAUUCCACCUUUGACAAGCAUGCCAGCUAUGUGGCAGGGUCAGCCUGCCGUGGGGGCCGAGGCCUGCACAGGACAAGGGCCACCUGGCCUUUCCAGUUACUUGAGUUUGGAGCCAGAAUGCAAGGUCAUGAAGCAAAUAGCAGCUCAGGAAAUCCCACACUUGGCUUGCCUAGCUUGCAAGCGUGGUAGAAAGCUGAAGCUUUAUGUGGUAGUGGAGGCCAGUUUCGAUCACAACUAAAUGGCUUGAAAAUGGAAGACACAAAACUGAGAGAUUUUUUCCGCACUAAGUUUCAGGAACCUGUCCCUGCUAGUGAGUGAACUUACUAAUUACUUCAUUGAUAAAUCUGCUCCCCUGUCCCUUUGUCUGCCAACCUGUGUGCCUUUUUUGUAAAACAUUUUCACGUCUUUAAAUGCCUGUUGAAUAUCUAGAGUUUAGUAGCAACUUCUACACAGAUAAGCAUUCAAAGUUGACAUAAACUUUUUUUUUGGCUGUUUCUGGGGAGGAGAAAUAAAAGGAAAAGACACGGUCUUCCUUCUUUCUUGGGCAAUAUCUUUCACUUUACUACAGUUGCUUGCAAACAGGCGGAGAGGAUACACUUCUAACCACAUUCUACUUCCUUGCCCUGUUGUCCAAUCCAGCUCCACCAGUUGCCCUUAUAACUUAUCUCUGUUUGCCUGCUUCCAACAGUAUUUCUUCUCGUCUAGAGUUUCACUGUUUUGCUGUAAACAGAAUAAAGUUGAGCAAACUAGGGGGUAGGAAGGGGUAGUUGUAUUGUACACCAUGACCAUCUGUAUCAAACUCAGCUCACUAAGGCAGUGUGUCCUAUUCUGUCCUGGACCCCUUGUGCCACUGCGAGUUGCAUGGUCCCCCUUCCCCCGCCCUCCUCUCUUCACCCAAUGAUGCUGUUUUCAAUUUAAUGCUGCCGUCUUUCUCUUGCACUGCCUUCUGCACUAACACCUCCAUUCCUGUUUAUAACCAUGUAUUUAUUACUUAAUGUAUAUAAUGUAAUGUUUUGUAAGUUAUUAAUUUAUAUAUCUAACAUUGCCUGCCAAUGGUGGUGUUAAAUUUGUGUAGAAAACUCUGCCUAAGAGUUGCGACUUUUUCUUGUAAGAUUUUGUAUUGUGUAUUAUAUAACCCAAGCACUGCUUCAGAGCAACGUACAGCCCCCGCGGCAGUAAGGACCUGGGGCCUUUGUUCGGAGAGUCUGCCUUUUCCCUGUCUGAGUUGUUAAUAACGCACCAACCCCUUUAUGAACUGGUUUUGCAAACAGGAUUCUCACAUUAGAUACUAAAUGGUUUAUACUGAGCUUUUACUUUUGUAUAGUUUGAUAGGGAUAGCGGGCAAUGGGAUGUAGUUUAUACCCAUGUUCUAUCCAAAUCUGUAUACGCGUGAGUUGGGUUCUAACUGGGUUCUACUCUAAUUGUGACUUCGGUUCAAAAGCAACACUACAUUUGCUCACAGAUGAUUCUUCCGCGUGUUCACAAACUACUGACUUUGAAGAGCUAGCCUCCUGCCUGCCAGUGUGCAGGGAUGUCAUGUUCCCAUUCAUUACAAAAGAAAACAAUAAAACAAUGUGAAUUUUUAUAACAAAAUGUGAACUGAUGCAGUAUCUUACGCAAAUGUGAAGCUUCUUCUGAUAACACUUGUUAGGCCUCUUCCUGGUGUCAGUUUCAGUUUGUAAAAUAUGUCCCAUGCUUCAGUUCAGCAUUGUGACUCAGUAGUUGAAGAAAGUGGCACAAGUGGGCAUGAGCAAUGGGUUUGUGUGUCUAUGAACGCUGCGUUGUUUCAGGUGGACGUUUUAUGUUUCAAGCGUUUCUCACAGUGUAUGUUAUAAUAUUCUAUAUUGUGCUCAAGUGCAUUCUUCAGAGACUUUUAUAUGAAGUGAAUAAACAAACGCAUGAUUAGAUUAGA